CUCUCUCUAUAAACCCUAGUCUUUACAUCUCUACUCUUUGCACAUUUCUCUCUCUACUUCCUCUCUCUUAUCCACUCCUCUGCAGAGAUAACUCACCACGAAAAUGGCUUCAGCUAACGCAGUUUCUACAGCCUCCAUCCUUCCUUCGCCUUCCAAGCAAUCGGGAUUGAAGAACAGGAAAGUUAGCCAAUUGAGGCAGGGGCAGAAUUUCGGUUCGAAGCAAGCGAAGAAUCGGUUUGUGGUGAGGGCCAAUGCUAAGGAAAUUGCGUUUGACCAGAAGUCAAGGUCUGCGAUGCAGGCUGGUAUUGACAAGCUCGCCGAUGCUGUCGGUCUUACUCUUGGCCCUAGGGGAAGAAAUGUUGUCCUGGACGAGUUCGGUGCCCCAAAGGUGGUUAACGAUGGUGUCACAAUUGCACGUGCCAUAGAGUUACCCGAUGCCAUGGAAAACGCCGGGGCUGCUUUGAUUAGGGAGGUUGCCAGCAAGACAAACGACUCUGCUGGUGAUGGAACCACCACAGCAUCCGUUCUUGCUCGUGAAAUUAUCAAACUCGGCCUUUUAAGUGUUACGUCCGGUGCGAAUCCAGUCUCGUUGAAGAAGGGAAUCGAUAAAACUGUGGUCGGUUUGAUUAACGAGCUCGAAAACAGAGCCAGGCCCAUUAAGGGUCGUGACGAUAUCAAAGCUAUUGCUACAAUUUCUGCUGGAAACGACGAGAGCAUUGGAGCAAUGAUUGCUGAUGCAGUUGACAAGGUGGGACCCGACGGUGUUCUGUCCAUUGAGUCAUCGUCUUCAUUUGAGACCACCGUUGAUGUAGAAGAGGGAAUGGAGAUCGAUAGAGGAUAUAUAUCACCACAAUUUGUGACCAACCCAGAAAAGCUACUUGUUGAAUUCGAGAAUGCGAGAGUAUUAGUUACCGACCAGAAGAUUUCUUCGAUCAAGGACAUUAUUCCCUUGUUGGAAAAGACCACUCAGUUGAGAUCACCUUUGCUCAUAAUCGCAGAAGAUGUCACUGGAGAGGCUUUGGCCACUCUUGUUGUGAACAAGCUCAGAGGAAUCUUGAAUGUGGCUGCGAUCAAAGCACCUGGUUUUGGAGAAAGGAGAAAAGCCCUUCUUCAAGAUAUCGCCAUUUUGACUGGAGCUGAAUAUCAAGCUUCUGAUUUGGGCUUACUUGUGGAGAACACCGAUGUGGACCAAUUGGGUAUAGCAAGAAAGAUAACAAUAAGCAAAGACUCUACAACCAUAAUUGCUGAUGCUGCAUCCAAGGAUGAGUUGCAGGCUAGAAUUGCCCAACUGAAAAAGGAGUUGUCCGAGACUGACUCGGUUUACGACUCUGAGAAACUUGCCGAGAGAAUUGCUAAAUUGUCCGGUGGUGUUGCUGUAAUUAAAGUUGGUGCUGCAACUGAGACCGAGCUGGAGGACCGUAAACUUCGUAUUGAGGAUGCCAAAAAUGCAACUUUUGCUGCUAUCGAGGAAGGCAUUGUGCCAGGUGGUGGUGCCGCAUUGGUGCAUCUCUCGACUUGUGUUCCUGCAAUAAAGGACACUAUUGAGGAUCCCGAGGAGAAACUCGGUGCUGAUAUUAUCCAAAAGGCCCUGAUAGCACCAGCGGCCUUGAUAGCCCAAAACGCCGGAGUAGAAGGUGAAGUGGUGGUGGAGAAAAUAAGGGCAAGCGAAUGGGAGUUUGGGUACAACGCAAUGACAGAUGUGUACGAGAAUUUGGUGGACGCAGGUGUCAUUGACCCAGCUAAGGUCACCCGUUGUGCGCUGCAGAAUGCCGCCUCUGUCGCCGGAAUGGUGCUCACCACACAGGCCAUUGUUGUCGAGAAAGCUAAGCCCAAAUCUGCUGCAGCUGCUGCCGCCGCCGCCCAAAACGGUAUCGGAAGCUAUUCAGUUUGAUCGGUGAUGGAAGAAUAAUUUGUUUUUUCGUAGCUUUCUUGUUAGGGUUAUUUACGUCGGAGGGAAGUUAAUUUUUGUUCGGACGAGGAAUUGUUAAAUGUAAGAUGUCGUUAAGAACGCAGUUUUGUUAUAUGAUGUCGGAUUUUUCGAGUGUAUGUUGUGGUACUUGCUUACUUACAUUUGAUCAAUAAAGCAAUUGCCAAUAAGGUAGACUUUCUUGAA